AGCAAUAACAAUUCGAACGAUGUGGCAGCGCUGCCUGCAACAGAAUCAAAAUAAGAAUAAAGAUGUUAUUCUUGAGACGAUUUUAUAGUAAAUCCGGACGGAUAGCUCAAAUAUUUAAGACUAAUAAGCCAGGCGACUCGUUGGCCAUUCAGGGAUGGAUCAAAAACGUUCGCCGGUUGAAGAACAACACAUUUCUGGACAUCAAUGAUGGUUCCACGAGCAGUAGGUUCCAAGUGGUAGUGCCCCGGACUCCGGAAAACCAGCACUUACCUCCGGGCAGCGUCAUUGCCGCGGUCGGUGAAAUUCAAGUGGCUCCAAAUGGCAGCUUUGAGUUGCAUGCGAAUCAGGUGGAAAUGUUGGCGGAAGGACACCUGCAGGAAGGUUAUCCCUUCAGUCCCAAACAGAAACAUCCACCGGAAUAUGUGCGUGAGCAUCUACAUCUUCGAUCCCGCGUAGAUUUUGUGGCCGCCCAGAUGAGGGUCAGACACAAAGCACAAAAAGCCAUACACGACUACAUGGAUGAGCAGGAUUUCGUGCAGAUCAACACUCCUCUGCUUACAACCAAUGAUUGCGAGGGAGCAGGAGAAGUUUUCCGGGUUCAACCGGACUCCGAAGAUCUGCUUAAGCAGAUGAAGAGAUCGAAUGUUUCCGUGGAACAGAGCUACUUCGAUGGCAAGGCAUUCCUCAGCGUCUCUGGUCAACUGCACCUAGAGGCCAUGACAUACGGUCUAGGCAACACAUAUACCCUCUCGCCAGCCUUCCGAGCGGAGAACUCCAAGUCGCCAUUGCAUUUAGCCGAGUUUUACAUGUUUGAAGCGGAACUGGCGCAUUUGGAGGAGCUGGAAAAGUUAGCGCAGUUCAUUGAACAGAUGCUGAAGUCAGUGACAAACCGUUUGCUGGAAACGAGUGCCGAGGACCUAAGUUUCUGUCAACGAAAUUCCAACUCCAGCUCCGAUCUGCCUUGGCUGCAGGUACCGUGGAAGAUAAUAAGCUACGAUGAAGCCCUACAGGUACUGCAGGAAAAUAAGAACAGUCUAAAGACGCCCAUAAACUUGAACGAAGGCUUCUCUAAGGACCAAGAAUUUUUUCUAGUCGACCACUGUGGUGCUCCCGUAUUCGUUGUGGAUUGGCCAGCUCAGCAAAAACCUUUUUACAUGAAAAUCUCGCGUACAAAUCCCAACCGAGUUCAUGCCCUAGACCUGCUGAUGCCAGCCGUUGGCGAAUUAUGUGGCGGCAGCCUGCGUGAAAGCGAUCCUGCUAUAUUAAGAUCCCAUCCGCAGCUGCCAAAGGAUCUGGAAUGGUACGUUGACUUGCGAAAGUACGGUGGAAUUUCAACUGGAGGAUUUGGAAUGGGCUUUGAGCGUUACUUGCAGCUUGUCACGGGUGUUAAAAACAUUCGCGAUGUGAUACCCUUUCCCAGGUAUCCACACAGCUGCAAGAUGUGAUCAGUUAAAGAUGUAAAAUGUUUUGGUUUAAUUUUGUUAAAAGUGUAAUAAACAAAUAUUACUCUAGAG